AUAACUUCCUGCACAAUUCAAAUUCUCUAUUCGCUUCUUCUUCUCAAAAAUCUCAACUAAGAAUAUCAGAAUUCCGUAGCCCUAAUUUUCGUAUCAAUUUCGAUGGAUUCCACCGCCGCAGCAACCAAGAAGGGAGGCAGAGGAAAGCCUAAGGCUACCAAAUCGGUUUCCAGGUCUUCGAAGGCCGGUCUCCAAUUCCCUGUCGGCCGAAUCGCUCGAUUUCUCAAGAAAGGCCGUUACGCUCAGAGAGUCGGCUCUGGAUCACCGGUUUAUCUCUCCGCCGUUCUCGAAUACCUUGCCGCUGAGCUAUUGGAGUUGGCCGGAAACGCUGCUAGGGACAACAAGAAGAACAGAAUUGUCCCGAGGCACAUUCAAUUGGCUGUGAGGAACGAUGAAGAGUUGAGCAAGCUUCUGGGAGCGGUGACGAUCGCGAAUGGAGGUGUUCUCCCUAACAUUCACCAGACUUUGUUGCCGAAGAAAGUUGGAAAAGGGAAAGGCGAAAUUGGAUCUGCAUCUCAAGAGUUUUAGUUUUCGUGAUUAUUAAUUCUACAGUACAGAACGAAAAAAAUCUGAGUUGUUUGGAUCUAACUUUUCUUGAUGUGUUUUGAUUAGUGCAUCGACAGUGUUGUAAUGAACUAGUAUGUUUAGAUUUGUAAAGGCUCCUCCUUCUGUGGAUUGCUUCUUGCUUCUUUCUUUGUUCCACCAUUACUGGUCUUUUAAUCAAAAUCAUUGAAAAACGAUUUAAAUUAAUCUUUUGAGACUAUUUUGUGUUCUGUACCUUGAUGAAUUAAAAAAAAAUUAACAUUCAGAUGAUGAUAAUAUGCAUCUGAUUAUCUCAA